GUAUGUUUAUAGAUGUGGUGUUGAACUCUAGAAUUGAAGCUACUUGACUGCACUCUUGCCAAAUUGCCCUUAAUUUUGCUUAAACGCUAGUCUGAAGGAGACACUGAGGAGACACUAACUUUGCAAGAGGUUUUCCUUGGUGCUUGUGCAUGGAACCCAGAGGCAUUGUUAAAGCAUUCCCUAAAGUAAAGAGACUGAGAGAAAAUGCUACCUUAGAAGAGGAUGGGAAGAAAAUUAAAACUGACCCAGACAUUCAUGGUAUAUUCUUUGAAGGAGUCCAUGCGCAUAUUCUUCAGGCUGGAAUAGGCCUGGCCCGAUCUGAAAUAUUUCAAAAGCAGAUUAUACAAAAUGGAGGUCAGGUUGCUUCCCAGUUUUCCUCAGAGGUGACGCACAUCAUAGUAGAUGAGAAAAUGGACUGUGAUCGUGCUUUCCGGGUACUAAAACUGGAAAAAAUUUCUCACCACGUUCAACUUGUAAAGUCAGCCUGGCUAAGUCUUUGUAUUAAAGAAAAACAAAUGGUUAACACUGCUGGCUACAGAAUCUUUAUUCCAGACAGGUACCUGGAUUUGAAGGACCAGGCAGAAAAAGAACAAAGCUGUGAGACUAAGCGGAAUGACAGGAAACAGCAUGAUGAACUACCCCAUGCCCCGGAUAAACUGAAUCAAGCCGGCAACCCUCAAACGCAACAUGUGUCUGAUUUGCCACUACUGAAUUAUAGCAACACAUCAAAAACACAGAAUUCAGAUGAUGAUGUUAGCGACACAGAAGAUACCGGUGUUACACAAGGAGACCUGGAUGCUUUGAUAUCUGGCCAGCGUCCUGACCCAACAACUGUAAAAAGCCACAGAGUCCCAAAUACUGUCACUGGAAAGUGGGUCUGUGCUCACUCAUCUGAAAGCAAGAAGACGAAUUACAACCAGUUCAUCACAGACAAGCUGGAGGUUCUUGCCAAGGCAUAUUCUGUUCAAGGAGACCGCUGGAGAUCUCUGGGAUACUCAAAAGCCAUAAAUGCUCUCAAAAGCUACCACAAGCCUGUCACCUCCUGUGAGGAAGCAGCUAGCAUCCCAGGCAUUGGAAAGAAAAUGGCUGAAAAAAUUGAAGAAAUUCUUGAUAGUGGACAUUUGCGCAAACUAGAUCAUAUCAGUGACAGUGUGGCUGUGCUGGAGAUCUUUUCCAAUAUAUGGGGAGCUGGAGUGAAAACGGCACAAAGCUGGUAUCAACAGGGCUUUCGGACUUUGGAUGACAUCCGCACGAAAGGGAAUCUGACCACGCAACAAGCUAUUGGUCUAAAACAUUAUGAUGAUUUCUUGGAUCGCAUGCCCAGGGACGAGGCUGGGAAGAUUGAACAAACUGUAAGAGAGGCGGCCCAUGCUGUUAACCCUGAGCUGAUUUGUGUAGCGUGUGGCUCGUUCCGCCGUGGCAAAGCAACUUGUGGUGAUGUCGAUGUGCUAGUAACCCACCCCGAUGGAAAGUCGCACAGAGGAGUUUUUAGCAAACUUAUCGAUGGGCUGAAGGCGCAAGGGUUUCUGACUGAUGAUUUGGUGAAUCAAGAAGUGAACGGGAAUCAGAAGAAAUAUUUGGGGGUUUGUAGUCUCCCGGGAGAAGGUCAAAGGCACCGGAGGCUGGAUAUUAUAGUCGUGCCUUAUGGCGAGUUUGCCUGUGCGAUUAUGUACUUCACUGGUUCGGCGCAUUUUAACCGCUCCAUGCGUGCACUGGCCAAAACCAAGGGCAUGAGCCUAUCAGAACACUCUCUUAACAAGAAUGUUGUGCGCAAUAGGAGCGUAAAGGUCAGCGCAGGUUGCCCGCUCCCUACACCAACUGAGAAGGAGAUUUUUGAGAUACUUGGGCUUCCAUUUAGAGAACCGCAUGAGAGAGACUGGUGAGCCAUUAGCGAAUGAGUUGCAAAAGAAUCAUAUUCAUGCUGUGUUAAUCCAGUAUUAAUGUUGGUAUAAACCUUGGUUCAAUCAACAUAAAGAAAAAUCUUCAGCACACCACUUACAUACAUGUUCUCAAAGGGUGCUUCACUUCCACAGCCGCUCCCAAGCCUUUGCAAAGAUACAUGGUAUAAACCUUGGGGCACCAAGAGAAUCAAAUUCAUCUCCAGUUUAUGUGAUGCCAGUGAUGGAGUAUCUGUAUAUAUGAAUUAGUAUAAAUUGCCUCAACAGUAUACAGUACUCAAGUUGGUCAUACACUGGGCAACUCUUAUAGCACCCCAACUGAUCAGCCUGCAGGCUGUACUGGCAGAUACCGCACAAGGGCCUAUAUGCGUAUGGCCCCUCUUCUCUUCCUUUCAGCCAACCAAUGGAAGGGAAGGGGUUCUUGAGGGAGGGGGAGCAGGAGAGAGGAGAGAGCUGCAUGUCUCUGACACAGGAAAACAGACACAACAAAGCUUUUGACAGAGGACUCAGUGCAGUGUUUCUGUGAACGCUUUUGGCUUUAUUUACAUAGACCUUUCUGAUAAAGCUUUCUUAGUUUUUACCUUUCCUUCUCUUUUAAAGGUGUUGUUCACCUUUCAGCUUUUUGUUCAGCACUUCUCCUGUUUUUGUUGCUAGCAACCAGCCAGUGGUUUAAAAGAAAGACAUCAUGAGUAGAGGAGGGCCUAAAUAGAAACAUAAGUAAUAAAAAGUAACAGUAACAAUAAAACUGUAGCCUCGCAGUACAGUAGCUUUUGGCUGCCUGGUCAGUGACCCCCAUUUGAAAGCUGGAAAGAUUCAGAAGAGGAAGGCAAAUAAUGCAACAGCUAUAAAAACAAAAAUGAAGACCAAUUAAACUGUUGCUAAGGAUAGUCCAUUCUUAAAGUUAAAACUUGAAGUUAACCUGAAGGUGAACCACCCCUUUAAGUGAAAGAAAAUGUCAUUUAUAAACAUGGUAUAAUUUGCUUUUAAAAUACUCACACUUGCUCAUUAUUGAAUGUACGUAUUUGGUCUCUGAGAGAUGUUUCUGUAGUUCUAAUGAUGUACAAUCCCAUUAAGUGUGACAUCAUUAGCUUUUUUAAUGAUACCUUUAAAUUAUAACGAAGAAUGUAAUAUGUGCAUAAAAUCAUGACUACGAACAAAUUGUGUCAAACGUGACAAAUAUAUUAUUCAUACAUUAUUCUACUAUAUUUAUUGCAUAUUUAAUUAGGGUAAGUACAUUUACUCUAGAGCAAUGGAGUUAUAAGUGCAGAGGAUGCUGGGAGUUAAAUUUCAGCAACAGCAAGGGUUGUGUUGCAGGAGGGAAAGGCCCCAGUAGUACUGCCCAUUAUACAUUAUAGUGCCGAGCAGUGCACCCAUGGCGCCACCUGUACAGGCUGUACUUACCCCCAGUUACUCCUAUUCUGUGUAUUUGGAUGAAUAUGGGUCCUGGAGUUGUUCUGCCAAUUUAAAGCUGCCCCCGGGGGGUACAGGCACCCAUUGAGACCUCCCAGUGAGGCACGGACUACAAGUAUAUUACAAAUGAAGGAUCAUUACACAAAGAAUGUUUUUUAAUGCCUCAAUAAAGAUGGUCACAUCUGGA